AUGGAGAAUCCAGAUUCGGAGUACUUGUCACGUCCUAAACGAAGAAAGUUGAGUUCAAAGGUUUGGAAGGAGUUCACAAAAUAUAAAGAAGAUGGAAAAGAAUGGGCAAUAUGUAAAUAUUGUGAGAGAAUAUUUGAUGGUUCAAGCAAGAAAGGAACGACACACCUGAAAAAUCAUUUAGAAAGCUGCAAAAGUAAAAGAAUUCCAGUGGGUGGAGCAGAUAAGUCAAUUGUUGGAGAAUCAGUGAUUGGUCAAGAACUGAUUCAUUUGGAUCAGGUACGGGACAUUAUUAAAUACGGGUUCUCCUCACUAAAACCCAUAAGGGCCGAGGUAAUCCAUUUUUACAAAGAAGAGAAAGAAAAACUCAGCAAAUAUUUAGUGAACAUCCCCCGUCGUUUUAGUUUAAAAAUUGAACCAUUUGACGAAUCUGACAGCAUUAUGACGGAACUCCACUUUAUUGAUGACAGUUGGAGAUUGAAGAAGAAGGUUAUUAAUUUUUCGUAUGAUAAACGUGAUAGGAGUUUCUUAAAACUUAAAGACUUGCUUUUGGAUUUGAGCAUCGACAAGGAUAUGUGCUGUAUGGUUACACCUAUUGAGGAAGAGGAUUGGGAACUUACUAAGAUAAACAGCUGGCUUAAUGAACGAAGUUCACUUCCUUUCGGUGGAAAAUUACUGCCCAUUAGUUGGUUAACCGAAAAUCUCCGUAUUGAGAAUGGACCAAAGUGGAUGGAGAACUUGCUUAAAAAGAUAGAAAAGUCUUUUAAGUAUGUCUUUGAGACACCGUCAAAUAACGAAAAAUUUCGAAGUGCAUUGUACAAAGCUAAAUCCAUGGGCAUCCAAAUGACUACUUUUCACAGCCUUGUUCCACUUACGUGGCAUAGUAAAGGAUUUAAAACGCUUGAGAAAGCAGUGGCAUUUAAAGAAGCCUUUUGUGUGCUGGAGCAAAUUGAUCCUGAUUUCGAGUCGAUAAAUUUAUCGAAACAGGAAUGGGAUGAGGCAAUCGUGGCAUUCGAGUGUGCGAAAGUGUUAAAAGAUGUUGCCGAAAGCUUGUCAGAGAGCAAAUACACCACUUCAAAUGUGUACUUCCCAAAGGUUUGUUUCCUAUAUAUGAAAUUGCUUCAAUGGGAAAAGGGUAACAAUUUUUAUGUUUCUGAAAUAGCUUCGUAUAUAAGAGAAAAAUAUUUUAACAAAUAUUGGAGCACUUUUGAAUUGGCUCUUGUAAUUGCUAUAGUUCUUGAUCCACGAUUCAAAUUAGAUAUUGUAGAAUGCUGGUACAAGGAUAUCUAUGGCUAUGAUGAAGCCAAGAGACACUUUAAGGAGAUCACUGAUGAUGUUAAAACUGUUUACUUUAAAUAUGCAAAGGGUCCUACAAUGUUCGAUGCCAUGGGGAGGCCAUGCUCAUCUUCACAAAAUACAUCUGCACAGCAAGAACUUGAUCACUAUUUAAAGGAACCUAAAUUUCCAUCCAUUGAAGAGUUUGAUAUACUAGCUUGGUGGUGCGACAACUCUGCAAAUUUUCCAACACUCGCAAGGAUGGCAAGUGAUUUCUUAGCAAUACCUAUUUCUAAUACUGGGAUUUCAGAUCCUCCUAGCUUGAAGGUUGAAUUUCAAAAUAUUUUUUAUUCUAAGAGCCUUGAUGUUGAGAUUAGAAAUGCUUUGAUAUGCGCAAAAAGUUGGUUGGAAAGUCCUCAAAAGAAUUAA